AUGUCUACCGACGACUGUCGUACAGCAUUGCUUGUCAUGCAUGCGACUGGGUGUCACAAUACCAGUGCUCAUCAUAGAGGACAAGGCCUGGUCCAAGGCUCUCCGUCAGAUGAUGCGCAAUCGGAGAGUCAGCAACGUGAAGAAGAUGGCGAAGGAGAGACCGACGAGGAGGACAUCUCGGGGGUCAUACCUGCACCGGGCCGCUCGUUAUUGCGCUCAGGUGCUCUAGUAGACGUGAUCAAUCCAUCUCGCACAGAACUCGCGAUUGCGUCGAUGGUCCAUAAGCGGCAGUUAUCUGGAGGCGUCCGGAGGAUCAGUCGCCAGGUGUCCACAAACUCCGAGCAACGUACAGUUCUUCCGGUGUCUUACGCACCUCCAGCAUCAGGCGCUGACCUACGUGGCGAUCUUUAUCGUUCUGACACUUCGAAGCCGUUCAUCGAUCUUGGGGUAUCACCGCGCGCUGAUAUGGUGGAUCACCCCUCUUCCCGUUCCUCAGACGAUAUAGGAACCGGCAUGCUCGGAGAUUAUGGAGUGCAAACUGGCGGCGUGCGUGGCUUAUUGACGUCUGGAACUCCCUUUACGACGCCGUCCUCCCCUUCAAGUUCCGGUCACAUUUCUUCACCGAUUGCACCCCCAGAUGUUGUCGUCCAGAGCAGUCAUCACGGCGCUUCUUGGGGCGCCGCAAAGAUCUCAGAGUCGCUGUCUACGCUCAACAUGUAA